AUGAAGUUCGCAGAGCAUUUAUCGGCCCAUAUUACUCCCGAGUGGAGAAAACAGUACAUAAAUUAUGAAGAAAUGAAAUCCAUGCUCUACGCCGCCGUCGAACAGGCACCCUCUGCGGAGGUCGUAGAGCCUGAAAUCCUCAGCAGGUAUUUCGCUAAGUUCGAUGAACAAUUCUUCUCUUACUGUGAUAAAGAGCUGGCUAAGAUAAAUACUUUCUAUUCAGAAAAGUUAGCUGAAGCAACAAGAAAAUACGCAAGCUUAAAAAGCGAGCUGAGCGAGACUAGGGAUGUCCACUUCACUGGAAAAAGCAGAUCUAUCAAAAAUAAUAUUUUACGCAAGAAGACCGUCCCUGCAAGAAAAAUGCAAGAAAUCAAAUUGGCUUUUAGUGAAUUUUACUUGAGCCUUAUUCUGCUCCAAAAUUAUCAGAAUUUGAAUUUCACGGGGUUUAGAAAAAUCUUAAAGAAACACGACAAGUUGCUUUCAAUGGAUUACGGUGCAAUAUGGCGGAUAGAACACGUGGAAAGCUCGCAUUUUUACAACAACAAAGACAUUGACCGCUUGAUUCGAGAGACCGAAUCGACGGUCACCCAAGAACUCGAAGGCGGAGAUCGGCAAAGGGCUAUGAAAAGGUUAAGGGUGCCGCCCCUAGGUGAACAUCAAAGCCCGUGGACAACUUUCAAAGUUGGACUUUUCUCGGGAGCCUUGAUCAUUCUUAUAAUUUCCGUAAUUUUAUCGGGAGUUUUUCACAAACGACGCGAUGACUGGCGCAUAGUGACGAGGCUGUACAGAGGUCCAUUCCUUAUAGUAGAAUUCCUUUUACUGUGGGGAAUCAACAUAUACGGUUGGAGGUCAUCGGGCGUCAACCACGUGCUGAUCUUCGAAAUGGACCCCAGGAAUCACCUCUCCGAGCAACACAUAAUUGAAAUGGGUGCUGUCUUCGGGGUGGUGUGGUGCAUUUCCGUCCUAUCCUUCUUGUACAGCGAUCAACUAAGUAUCCCAGCUUACAUCAAUCCGUUGGUGUUGAUGAUUGUCAUGAUGCUGUUCGUUUUAAAUCCAACCAAGACGUUUAGGCACGAAGCAAGAUUUUGGGCUCUUAGAGUAAUGGGGAAAGCUCUUAUGGCGCCAUUUUUCUAUGUUUCCUUCGCAGAUUUCUGGGUGGCCGACCAGCUAAACAGUCUGGUGACGCUGUUCACGGACCUGCAGUAUUUCGUGUGCUUCUACUUCACCAAUCCGAGUUGGUCCGUUGGUGUAGAUGCCAAUUACUGCGUUGCCAAUCACAUGUGGAUCAGAGCGUUCAUGGCUUGCCUUCCGCCCUGGUUCAGGUUCGCGCAGUGCAUGAGGAGGUACAGAGACACCAAGGAAGCUUUCCCGCACGUUGUCAACGCUUGCAAGUACGCCACCUCCUUCUUCGUGGUAGUGUUCUCGACGCUGAACAAAGUUUAUGACAAUGGUUCCGAAGCCGACGAAAAUCCGUUUUUCUAUUUAUGGAUAUGCGCCUCGUUGAUAAGUUCGUGCUACGCAUACACGUGGGACAUCAAGCUGGAUUGGGGGCUUUUCGAUGCCAAAGCUGGAGAUAACAAGUUCCUCCGAGAAGAAAUCGUAUACUCCUCAACGUGGUUUUAUUACUUCGCCAUAAUUGAAGAUUUCAUUCUGAGAUUUGGUUGGGCCUUUCUGAUAUCGAUGACUGAGAUGGGUUACGCCUUGGAAAAUUCCAUGGUAACAGUGUUGGCCCCUCUUGAAGUAUUUCGGAGGUUCAUCUGGAACUUCUUCCGCUUGGAAAACGAGCAUCUGAACAACUGCGGCAAGUUCAGAGCGGUCAGGGACAUAUCCGUUGCUCCCCUGGACACCUCCGACCAGAUGCUGAUCGUGCGGAUGAUGGACGAAGAGGACGGCGUCAUUAAUCGAAGGAAAAGGAAGAACGCCAAGAAGAAAGAGGAGCAGCCGAGAUUUACGCUGGGGGAGGGAGAGUCCACCGACGAUAUGGAUUAG